ACUACAGGUGUUCUCGGUUGCUAAGCGUCGCACAAAGAGCAGGGGAAAGUUUCAGUUAUUAGCAUCCAGGAAGACUUUUAACCGUAAGCUUUACGAAAUUAAAAACGAAUUUAGUUAGCAACAGCUCAUCUAACGUUGAGAUAGUUGAUGUAUACUGACAGAUCAUUGGAUCGUAAUUUGGACUACAAUUUAGUUCGGAAAUGGGUCGAGUGAGGCGUGCCAGUGGAAUACCAAACAAACCAGAUACACCCGUGCGGAACAAACGAGAAAAGCACAAGAGACUUCUGCCAAACAAGAAAUAUGAAGCUUUUGCAGAGGAGCCUGGGGUGGAAGAGAUGCAUGUUCCCGCUGUCAAACCAACCAAACCAGUGUUUAGACACAUUAAGACUGUCCAAAAAAAAUCUGGGUUAUGCUUGAGCAGGCCUCCAUCUACUGAAAACUCCAGCAACAAAACGCAUGCCGUGCCAGCUUCUAGGAGAUCUAGUUACAGAGUGUCAGCAUCAGGUCACCAAACAAUUCAAACCACUCCCAGGAUAGAGGCCGCUAAAGGUGGUGACAUGCUAGUUAACGAUGAAGAGCAAAACAUGACAGUAACAUCUGAAAGUGUCAUGUCAUCUAGCAUGGAGUCAGACACUCCUUUCAUCUGUAACGCUGAUGAUGAUGAUGAUGAUGAUGAUGAUGAUGAUGAUGAGGACGAAGACUGCUCCUUUGCAUCAUCUUUCAGCAGUCUUCCCUCCCCGGAGACCUUUAGAAGAGAUAUAUAUGUGGAGACAUCAACCUUUCCUAUUAAGGAGGGGCUUGGGCUUCAUCUUAACAUAAAAAACUCCACCUUGCUUAAUGUGAGCAACGCUGAGACCGUACACAUGCAUCAGCCCCUAAACCUUUCUAGCAUCAUCGAUGUCUCUGAGAUUGUUGACGAAAAGAACUGUGGGAUCAACCAACAUGGAAGACCUGAAGCUGAGACCAGAAAACAUGUGGACUCAUUUAAAUCAGAGAAGGCUUUGGAGUUGAAACCCCCCCCAAAACUCACCAACAGGAUGACCAUUUCAUACAAGAAGAAGGUCUCGUUCAAAAGCCCCAUCAUUCUGGACACCUUGGAAGCAAAAUACAUCCCAGGCACCAAAUUAACCAUUUACCGCAACAAUGAACCAGCCCACACAUCAAGCACUUCUGAGCCGAAUGAAACGGACACAUCCUCAGCUGGUAACUUCAGUUAUAAAGAAAAAGCAUUAAAGCUGAAGGUGAGGUCGAAAAGGCCUGUAAUAAUAAGCCGGGAAUCAAAGUUCUUUGACUUUGUCGACGACAGUGACAGUGAUGCAUUCUUUGAUAUAAUGAGAAUACGUGGUGCCAAACUCAGAAGUGCUCCUUUAUUUCCUCUCACAGCUCCGCCUCCUAUGUAGAACCUUCUUUUUUGUGACUUCUUAAGGCAAAUUAAUGUAUGUUAAGAUUUUGUCUUUUUCCCAGAAUCAAGAUGUAUAGAGGUAUGUAUGUUAACUAUCCUGUAAAAGAGUAAUCUGAUGUCAGUGUAUGAGGCUGUCAUAAUGUCUCAAAUGAUCAUUUAAAUGUGAUGCAUUCUUUAUUUAAAGAGAAUAAUUAAAAAGGCAUGCCCUGCCAUGUAUUUAAGUGCUUGCACAUCAUAUAUUUUGAGUGUGACUUUUUAACUUGCCUUUCUUCUCAACCUUGUCCUUUUAUUACCUUGUUACUGUAUCCUACAAACCUUGACAUGUACCUCUGGUUACCUUUUGUUUUCUACAGUUGUCAGAGAAAUGUCUGUACAAAGUGACCACUAGAUGUCAGACCUGUAUUUUUUUUACGGCGCCUUUUCACCUCUCCUGUUAUAUUGUUCUAUCAUUUAAAAUAUAUAUGUUGUUUUUGUUGCAUUUUUGUGUUAUUAAUUCUUUACUCUAUUUGUUUGUGCCAUAAUUGCAUCGAAAAUUGUAAUGUAAGCAAAGAGCUUAAAUGUAAGCUAAUUUGACUUUUUGGUCGUCUAUAUUUUCAAGGACUCCCUGCUAAUGUAGGCCUACUAAUUUCCGAUCGUCAAAACAUUUCAAAACUAAAUGAAUGUACAAUAAAGUAAUAAAUGG